AUGGCCAUCGAUGUACAACAGAAAGAAAUGUUCUACUUAUUCGUCGACGCCAACUUCCCCGGUCUGUACUAUGCCUGGAGUAGUCGUGUCGACGUGACCUUUAUGGACUUUGUCCGCCAGCAAGACGACGCACCAACUGACGCUCUGGUCUGGGGCACUCGGACAUUAGGAACCCUAAACCUAGGCCAGAAACACAAAGACAAAGACAAGAUGCUCUGCAGUCGCUCGAUGUAUAGCUAUGGGCUGCGAUCUCUAGCUCAAUUGAUUCAGAACCCGGCGACAGUCAAAUCGGAUCGCACCCUAGGUGCUGCUGUUUUGUGUGGUAUCUAUGAGAUACUAGAUGGUGCCGGCCACAAGUCCUGGCUCACCCAUUCCGGUGGCAUUGCCACUUUGUUUCGUCUUCGGGGGGCCGGCGCUCAUCGCGACGGAUUCGGGCGCACGUUACUCAUCGCUUUUCGAUCGUUCCUCAUUGCGGACGCUUUUAUUUGCAGCAAACCGUGCUUCUUAGCGGACCCCGAAUGGAGAUCUGUUAUUCAGUAUGCGAUCGAGCAGGAGAGGAUUGCCAGAAAGGGCAGUGAGCUGGGUAAUUUGGUCGAGUAUGCGUUCGACACAAUCACGGUUUGCCCUGGCUUAGUUGCACAAGCCCGUGCAAUAUCCACCGGAGAUACAAGUCCGGAUUUCUCUCAAAAGCAAGAGUUGGCACUUGAAAUUACGCACAGUCGACAGCGACUCACUGGCUUGCAUGAUCAACUAGAAGUUCUUUCCUCUGUGCUUAUCGGUGACAAAGGCCUUGAAGACAGACCAGAUAUCACUGGCCCAAUCCCUGCUCGUGUAGCCAAUAUGCUGGCAGAGUUUUGUCUUAAGGGGAUGAAAAAGGCUAUUGCGCUCCUAGAUCGGUCCUUGGGUUUUGUUGAGUUGGGUCAAUUGUCGCUGGUUCAGGUCGGAGGUAUCUCAAAUAGAGAUUCUCCGGCAACCACGAACCAUAGACAAUCGCAAUCAACCACAGUGCAAAAGGCAGUGAAUAUCGCCUUUACGCACACCGUGAGCCAUAAUAGUCCACCGAUACGGCCGGAUCAUAUCGCAAUGUCAAUGGGAAUGCUCGCAAUUGAAUGA